AUGGCGCCUCGUCUUCGUGUGCUUGCAGGAUCUUCGCCCGAAACGAUGGUACCAAUCACGUCUCUUGUGAACACCUCCAAACCACAUACUAUCUCGUCAGACUUAUUCGAAGGUCAGAUCGUAGCCCACAUCAAGGGGUUCACGGACGAGCGUGGCGUAGUCCGCGAGUCAGAAUACUUUGGGCGGGAAGAUCGACGAGGAGUGACAUGGAGUAUUCAAGUUCAAGGGCGAUUUCUGGAAUAUUAUACCGCGGACGACAUCCUCUUUGGAAACACCUUUGAUCGAUCUUUGACACUUCCGUGGGGUGCAAGUGCCGUUUUGAAGUUCAUGCACUAUAUCGAUCCGACACUGGAACAUGACCUGCAGUCACCCACGAAGCCAUGGGCGUUGUCGCCACUGAUCACAACAAUGCCUCAUUUUACGCACACGCGGGUUUCUCCCUCCGAACGGCCAUCUAGAGCUCUCUCCCCGUCUCCUCCCACAACGGCUCGGCCCUGGACGAAACACACUGAUCCUCCUCCAUUCCCUUCUCUCUACUCGUUGGAAGAUUCAACAUCGCAGCUUCAUCUGGCGCUCAUCGACAGUUCUUCCUCAGAUUCCUCAAGUUCAUCUGCAUCCUCCUUUUCCUCUCACCGAUCGAGUCGGAGCAAUCGAUCAGGGACGGGUAAGCGAAGUGGGACAGAAAAACUCAAACAGGCAGUUCAGAAAGUUGCUCAGCGUAAACCUAAACACAGAAGGGAUCCCUUGAAAUUUGAAAACGCGUCUCAGCGCCGUUCAUAUUUUAGUGAUCCCACGAAUCGCCAGGCCGUUCAGUUUGGGCCCCGUGAUCUGAUCACGACAGAUUUCUGUUAUGGGUUUUUGAACUUCAGUCCAUCCCUUUCGCUUCAACUACCCGGAGGAUUAUCGUUCGAUUUAAUGCGAUACUGGAACGGACAGCCUGUUAGGUUUGUGUGCUGUGAGCGAAAACAGACGUUUGGGGGGAGAGAUGAAGAGCCGUGGGGAAGGAUAUUUUGGUGUGUUACUAUUGAACUGGCGGACGACGAAGAGGAUGCGGACAACGAGGAGGAUGUAAAUGAUGAUGUGGAUUGA